GUAUCCAUUGAGGAGCUGCCUCGCGCUGGGGGUGUGCGCGGGCUGAGUCCAAGGGAGAGUGAGCAAAUCGAGCUUUGAAUAAUUCGAGGAGAAAGACUCCGGGCGGAUUUGAGGUGCAGCCUUAAAGGGAGGGAUUAGGAGCCGCUGGACUUUUUUUUUUUUUUUUUUUUUUUUUCCCUUUCCUUCCCUCCCCUGUUAGUAGCAGGGAGUCCGAAUUAAUUGGAUUUCAUUCACUGGGGAGGAACAAAACUGUCUGGGCAGCUUCAUUCAGAGAUUCAUUGACACCAAGAGCGAGCGACUGCAGCCGGGAGCAGAGGGAACCGCCGGCUUCACUUCUGUCUCGCUUUCCCCAACCGCUAACCCGGUCUGGGAAGGGCAAGGUGGAAUUAAACCCCCGCUCGGAGAGCGGCAGCUUCGUGCGGCGCGCUCGGCCUAUGCCUGCCCCGAGGGGCGUCUGGUAGGCACUCGCCCUCUCCGGUAGCGCGACCCCCAUGAUAGAUACGCUCAGACCCGUGCCCUUCGCGUCGGAAAUGGCGAUCAGCAAGACCGUGGCGUGGCUCAACGAGCAGUUGGAGCUGGGCAACGAGCGGCUGCUGCUGAUGGACUGCCGGCCGCAGGAGCUGUAUGAGUCGUCGCACAUCGAGUCGGCCAUCAACGUGGCCAUCCCGGGCAUCAUGCUGCGGCGCCUGCAAAAGGGCAACCUGCCCGUGCGCGCGCUCUUCACGCGUGGCGAGGACCGCGACCGCUUCACCCGGCGCUGCGGCACCGACACGGUAGUACUCUACGACGAGAGUAGCAGCGACUGGAACGAGAACACAGGCGGCGAGUCGGUGCUUGGAUUGCUGCUCAAGAAGCUCAAGGACGAGGGCUGCCGGGCGUUCUACCUGGAAGGUGGCUUCAGUAAGUUCCAAGCCGAGUUCGCCCUGCACUGCGAGACCAAUCUAGACGGGUCGUGUAGCAGCAGCUCGCCACCGUUGCCAGUGCUGGGGCUCGGGGGCCUGCGGAUCAGCUCCGACUCCUCUUCGGAUAUUGAGUCUGACCUUGACCGAGACCCCAAUAGCGCAACGGACUCGGAUGGCAGCCCGCUGUCCAACAGCCAGCCUUCCUUCCCCGUGGAGAUCUUGCCCUUCCUCUAUUUGGGCUGUGCCAAGGACUCCACUAACCUGGACGUGUUGGAGGAGUUCGGCAUCAAGUACAUCUUGAACGUCACCCCCAAUUUGCCGAAUCUCUUCGAGAACGCAGGAGAGUUUAAAUACAAGCAGAUCCCCAUCUCGGAUCACUGGAGUCAAAACCUGUCCCAGUUUUUCCCCGAGGCUAUUUCUUUCAUAGAUGAAGCCCGGGGCAAAAACUGUGGUGUCUUGGUGCAUUGCCUGGCUGGUAUUAGCCGCUCGGUCACCGUCACUGUGGCUUAUCUCAUGCAGAAGCUCAAUCUGUCAAUGAACGAUGCUUAUGACAUUGUCAAGAUGAAGAAAUCCAACAUCUCCCCCAACUUCAACUUCAUGGGCCAGCUGCUGGACUUCGAGAGGACGCUUGGACUCAGCAGCCCCUGUGACAAUCGGGUCCCUGCGCAGCAGCUCUAUUUCACGACACCCUCGAACCAGAAUGUCUACCAGGUGGACUCCCUGCAGUCCACGUGAAAGGCCCCACGCCCCUUGGUGGGAUGGGUCUGUUCCUUCAGCCGUUUCUCUUGGCAGUCAGCUGGGCUGCUUUCUUUGUAUGUGGCCCCAGGGGUCCAGUUGUCCGUAUUAGACAAGGUUCCCACACGUGGAAUUGGUUAUUACAAUGGGAGAGAUUUGCUCUACUCUUGUUGGAAGAACAGAACAGGCCGCGUAGAUCCAGGCCAUAGGUUUGCUCCAUACCUUCGUGUACAGCCUACCCAUGCAGGGACUGGAAUUUGAGGGUUUCCAGGUAGAUAGGGUAGGACCAAAUGGUAGGGGUAGGAGCGUGUGUUCUUUAGGGCCUUGUGUGACUGUUUCCUUUUGCAUCUGGAACUGACUCUAUAUUGUCUUCAGUGAAGACUGAUUCAAUUUUGCAUAUAGAGGAGCCAAAGAGAGGUUUCAGCUCUGUAUUUGUAGUAUCAGUUUGCAAAAAAUAAAAAAAUACAAAACAAAAAUAAAUAAUAAUACAUAAAGUGAAUCUGAUACUCCAUUUGAUUAUUGUAAAUAUUUGAUCUUCAAUCACUUGACCGUGUUUGUUUGAACUGUGUGUGUUUUUUCUUUGAUGGGUUUAAAAGAAAUCAUCCAAAGGGAGAAAGAGCAGUAUGCCACUUAAAACAAAAAAAUAGAAAUGUUUGCUCUUUCCUAAUCCAAAGGAUAUAUUUGCAGCAUGCUUGACUUCACCAACUCUGAAUGAUAUUUUCAUGGACGCUGUUAUCACUGAGACCUUGGUAUGGUGCAGCCUUUAAUCUCUUUCAUAUAUCUUCCUUGUGAUUUUUUUUUUUUCCUCUUAAUGUAGUUUGACUAUGCCUUACCUUUGUAAAUAUUUUGGCUUGUGUUGUCUCAAAGGGGUAUCUUGGAAAGACACCAAAAUCAUGGGCUCACUUUUUUUUUUUUUUUUUUUAAACUUCAGCUGUGCUAAACAGUAUAUUACCUCUGUACAAAAUUCUUCAGGGAGUAUCACCUCAAAUGCAAUACUUUGGGUUGGUUUCUUUCCUUUUUAAAAAAAAGAAAUUUGUAUAAAACUGGAAGUGUGUGUGUGAGCAUGGGUCCCCGUCUGAUGGGUGAAGUAAGUGCACAUGAUUGUGAAAAGGGAGAGUUCGGUUGCUCCAUAUGUUCGUGGUGUAAAGUUUUGAGCUGAAAUUUAUUAUAAGAAUGUAAAACCUUAAAUUAUUAAUAAAUAACUAUUUUGGCUA